GCACUGAUUUUCUGACUGUCCAGCUUUAUCUCAAACUGAGUGUAGUCAAAGGUUUUUGCAGAGCAGGGCUCUGUGUCUCUGUCCAAGGAGGUGACAAUCACUUUUCCCUCCUGCUAUGAGGUGGAUAAUAAGAUUUGCAACAGAUCACUUACAGCAGAGUUUGGAGUAGAUCGUAAGUCUCUUAUUCUUCAUGGUGUCUGUAUGGCUCUUCUGUGUGUUUAGGUAGUUUGUAGUCAUGAUAUGAAAGGGAGGGGCGAGUCUUUAUUUUAUAACAGGGUUAAAAUGACUAGUAGUAGACCAUGGCAAUAUAAAGUGGAAAAGAGCCUCUGCCUUCUUCACACUCUGAGUCUAAGGAUUAUUUAAAGUGAGAGCAAUGAUUCAUUUUCUCUUGUAUGGGGCAGGGGGAAGACAGCAGCUCUGAGAGCCUACAGCAGAGGAGCUCUCCAUGAACUUUCUGAAGAGACCUCAUACUUAGUUUUUCAUUAUUCUCUGCCAUCUAGAAAGUGUUCUGGGAAAAUUAAACAGUCAGACAACCUGUUCCUUCUCCUUUAUUAAGGAGCCGGUGUUAAAGCUAGCCAGAUCUGGCUGACUGAAGGAUCAGAGCGAUUCUUCCUGCCCUGAGCUGCUGGAGACACGUGGCUGCAGCUUACCCCUUUUUUGGGUCCUACCAGUAGUGAAGCUGAGUGCAAAUUUCUGAGAGGAGCUUGCAUGUGUGCACACAUACUCUGUAUGAACAUGGUUGACCGCAAACACGUUGACACAGGCAGAAGGGUAUUGCUUUUACAGACACCAACAUAACCACAGGCAGUGUGAACAGCCCAACCUCUUUUGAAGUAUUGCUGGUCAGGGAAAGACCCACUGUUCAGGUCUCUGGUAGCUGGCCCCAAGGUCCAUGGUCCAGCUCUGAUAUUUUUGUCUGACUUGCCUGCUUAUCUGGCUUGAAGUUUGUUGGCAUAUCUUAAGUUCAGAGAAUAAUGAGCACAGUAAUGCAGGAAAUAGUGAGGAACAGAGUUUCAUGAGAAGGUAAGACAGACAGUGGUGGUCAGGUACAGGGCUCAGUCAGACAAGUGUGUUGACCAGCAGCUGCCGUAUACGCAAUUGACCCAUGAAAUUCCCACCUCUGUUUUCUCAUGCUUGUGUCCCCCUUCCACCUUGACCCCUCCCUUUCCUCACCUUUAAUCCUGCUCUUAAACAUCUUGCAAUGUCUUAUGCAUUGCCACAAUCCUCCCCGGAAACCUCGCACAAUAAGUUUUGCAUGCAAGUAUUUACACAGUAAGUUCUCCCUCAGACAUCCUGUAAUAAGUUUGCUCUUUUUUAUGAGGCUCAUUCUUGAUAACUCACAAUAAUCCUGUUUUUUUUCUUAUCAGUUACCAAGUUUCUGGUUGAACUUCUUCAAGGUUACACUCGGAGGUUCCUUUCAUGGCCUAUUGAUCAGUGUCUUAUGAGUUCUAGUCUUUGUUAUUGUCUCUUGUUAUCUGCUGUUGGUUAGGGUUUGUGUAUUUAUGUGUUUAAUUUAUUACCUCUCCUGUUCCUUGCCUUGUCUUUCAUGUUGAGUAGCUGUUAGGCAGAUAUCCUUGCAGUUCCUUGCCCUGUUUGAGCAUUGGCUUGUGAGAGGUGCUGGCUUGCACCUGUCGGUGCAGAAGCCUGUCACAGCCAAGGCUGUGUUUCUGCAAGUCUUGGAUGGCCUCAGUUAGGGCUGGAAGAGACUCUCGGGGCCAUAUGAAGUCUCUGCUAUUGUUCAGACUUCUUCUGGGACAGUUGUCUAACUAUUUUUUAGCAUAGUAAUCUCAAUUCUCUGUUAUAACAAUUGUGGCUUACAGUCUUUUUAUCUUUGCUUAGCAGUUGACUGGUUGGGUGUUGUCAUCACAAAUUGAGUCUAUUAUAACAAUAUGCUGCUCAUGAUGUGAAUGCCUAAACAUAAACUGUGAAUCAAGUCCAACUCGUCGAGAAGCAGUGAAAAGGAAGACUGCAGAAUACCUUAUGCGUGCUGAAAAAAUUUCCAGCUUCUACCGUAAAUCCUCUGAAGAUGCAUCUGUUUCUAUGCCUCCAGGAUCACUAAGUUCAAGGCCCUCUUGGAACCUAAGGAGCCCUGCCGAGGAACUGAAGGCCUUCAGAGUCCUUGGGGUGAUUGACAAGGUUUUGCUUGUAAUGGACACUAGAACACAGCAAACUUUUAUACUGAAGGGUCUAAGGAAAAGUAGUGAGUACAGCAGGAGCAGAACGACCAUCAUUCCCCGCUGUGUGCCCAACAUGGUGUGUCUGCACAAGUACAUCAUCUCCGAGGAGUCUGUCUUUCUUGUGUUACAGCAUGCAGAAGGAGGAAAACUGUGGUCUUAUGUGAGUAAGUUCUUAAACAGAAGUCCUGAAGAGAGCUUUGAAAUUCCUGAAACCAGAACGUCUAGUUCAACUAAAAUUUACCUGGAGCAGCCAACACCAAGUCCUAAAGAAAUCGGUAGCAGCACUGAUUCCAGAGAAAGCUAUGGGGAGAGCAUGCUGAAGGUGGUCCCUCUGAAGAGCAGCCUAACGCCAAGCUCUCAGGAUGACAGCAGCAACCAGGAAGAUGGCCAAGAGAGUUCGAAGUGGAUGGACUCAGGAUCCAGCUCAGAAGAAGAGUGCACUACUAGUUAUUUGACAUUAUGCAAUGAAUAUGGGCAAGAAAAAAUUGAUUCUGGCUCUCUAAAUGAGGAACCGGUGGUUAAACUGGAGAACGAAGGUCUAAAUACCAAAGAGAGAAGUUGCUUACAGAAAUGCAGUGACGUUGGCAGUGAUAGCUUCACCUCUCAGAUUGCAUCUCAGGAACGAAAGCUUUUCAUUGAUGAUGCUGAGUUGGAAAUAGCUAGCCCUACUAGGAUAUUGGACUCAUUAACUAAAUCAAAGAACAGCCCCAUGGAACUCUUCAGGAUAGACAGCAAAGAUAGCACUAGUGAGCUCCUGGGGCUUGAUUUUGGAGAAAAAUUGUAUAACCUGAAAUCGGAACCUUUGAAGCCAUUGUUUUCUGUCCCAGAUGAUGACAGAAGCUUGGAUGCCCUAGAGAACAAAAUGGGUGUGAGAGCUCAUGACACCAUAAGCAGGGGUUCAAACGACUCUGUGCCAGUUAUCUCCUUUAAGGAUGCUGCUUUUGAUGAUGUAAAUAGCGUUGAUGAAGGAAGGCCUGAUCUCCUCAUAAACUUACCUGGUAUGUCUGAUGAAACAGAAGAGGCAGCAGUGUCAAGGCCAACAAAGUUUACAAAAACUGAUAGGGACAUGUUGGAAGUAAAGUUAUUAGAAACACCUGAUGUCUUACAAUUAAAUAAUUCUGCAGAGCCGUGCAAAGCAUUCGAUCAAGAGCCACAUUAUGUGGCACCAGAAGUGGGUGACCCUUCCUGCAAGGAAGCAAAUGGACAAAGUGGUGUCACUCAGGGAGCUCUUGGGACCCUCUUUACAUCUGACCAAGAGGUAGGUAGUUCAGAAGACAGGGCUCUGUUUCAAGGGCUUGGAGCCUGCUCCUUAAACCUGACAAGCAAAGAAGAAAGUUUAUUUGUUUCCAACCCACUCUCAGGUGCCCAAGAUGUUAGCUUGGAUGAAGACAUGUUAAGAAAUGAAGCAGUGUUGCUGUUUUCCGAUCAAACUGAAGACUUUCAGAAAGAGAGAACAGACCCGGCUUUGUUACCAGGAGCUGAAAGUAAAGAGACAGCACCAAAGAGGGAAGACAAAAUAGUGGUAGCAGGGGAGAAGGAAAUACAUCAAAUUUUUCAGGACCUCGACGAAAGAUUAGCGAUAACCUCCAGGUUUUAUAUCCCAGAGGAUUGCAUUCAAAGAUGGGCAGCUGAAAUGGUUGUAGCCCUUGAUGCUUUACAUAGAGAAGGAAUUGUGUGCCGCGAUUUGAACCCAAACAACAUCUUAUUGAAUGAUAGAGGACACAUUCAGCUAACGUAUUUUAGCAGGUGGAGGGAGGUUGAAGAUUCCUGUGACAACGAUGCCAUAGAGAGAAUGUACUGUGCCCCAGAGGUUGGCGCUAUUCUAGAAGAGACAGAAGCCUGUGACUGGUGGAGCCUGGGUGCCAUUCUUUUUGAACUCCUCACUGGAAAGACUCUGGUUGAAUGCCAUCCAUCAGGAAUAAACACUCAUACUUCUUUGAGUAUACCAGACCACGUAUCAAAGGAGGCCAGAUCACUGAUUCAGCAGCUUUUGCAGUUUAAUCCUGCGGAGCGUCUUGGUGCUGGCGUUGCUGGUGUUGAAGACAUCAAAUCUCAUCCAUUUUUUGCCCUUAUAGAAUGGGCAGAUCUGCUGAGAUGAGAGAUGCGUGCCCUCUGAACAAACUCAGGUCAAGUGGACAAGUUUCUCUGGCACAGAAGCACCCUGACUUGCUUUCUUUCGAUGUCCCAAACCAUUUGGAUGUGAUGACUAAAGGAUGCUGGAGCAAUCAGGCCAAAAGUGAACACUUUUAACAAGAAUCACUGGUUGUACAGGGUGCUAGCUUAUUUUUAUUGCAACUGGCUGCUAUGUGUGUGUAAGUCUUUUCACCAAAGGGUGGUUUGUGAUGAAACUCCUGGACAGCAUGUUUAGCACUGCCAGCUUGUCGACUAAGUAGAAACAGGAAUGUGCUCCUGGUGCUUUGUCUGAUGAUGGAAGUGUCUGUAGACUGUGCCAGUUGAAAGUAUCUUUUAUAGUGUCAGUAGACCAUUUUCCUAUGCUAAGUGCAGCUUUGGGGGAGCAGGGGGAGGAAGGAGCAAAUAAUUUAUUAAUGGUAUAUGCUGAAUAAAAUACUAAAAUGCUUUAUGCAAAAGUUGACACGUUAAAAAUAAUAUAUACAUUAAAAAUUAAGAAAGCUGUUGCAUAAUACUGUGGAAUGUGUCUUGAAAAUGGCAUAUCAUUUCCCACUGUGGAAAGAGCAUAUAAAAGGCAAAUAAUACUGUCAAAUGUUGUACUUUGUUGGCUGGCAAUGUCUGUUUAAAACUAGACUCUGUUGUAUUUGAUGAGCUACAUGUUAAAGUCACUACAGAAAGGGAAAUCUUCUUUUCCUCAGCUGGAUAAACACUUCUUUAGCACUCUAAUAAGGAGCAAGAAUACAUAAUGCUAAAUAAAUGUAUAGAUUAAAAUAGGAAAAAUUCUUCUCAUCACUGCAGCCACCACUUAUCAUGUAAUGAACUUUGCUUCCUCCAAGUGUCCUAUUUUUAGCUGCUACUUCAGGAAAAAACCUUUCUGCUCAUGCUCUUCUGCUUGAGGAAGCUUCUGAACUCUCCUGUUUGUUAAUAGUCUUAAUAAAUCAAAGAAAGCCUUCACCCACUCGUCUGCUUGAACAGGAAGAAGCCUGGGAUUUGCUCAUGCCAAAUGACUAAGUGACAUCUCUGAGCAAACCCUAGUGGGUAAGACUUGGGCAUGAGCCAAUUAGCUGACCUGUUUGUUUGUUAGAAAGGUCUGGAGAAUGGGAGAAGAAUACAAGACAUGCAGAAUAUUUUGCUGUGCGCUGCUGUUGGUGCUAAGCAGCCAUGCUUGUAUGGGUUCCUGACGUACAAAUGCUGUACGCUGUGAUGCUUUUACAGAUUAUGGAUCUGUGGGGUUUUUCCUAAAUGUUCACUUCGCUCUCGCUAUUUUUUUUUUUUUUUUUUUUUUUGUUCCUUUUUCUUCCUCUCCCCAGCUUUAUCCGGAGAACAAAGGGCAAAUUCCUUUGGGAAAGUGAGGUGACAGCAAUGAUUAUUGAAUUUACAACUCAAAAAAAAAAAAAAAGUAUCCCUCCAUUUGUAUUUUAGCAGUGUAUUUUAUGGGCACUCCCAAAAGUGCAUCUGCACAGUCUCCAUCUGUUAGACACCAGGUCGGUGUAUUCAAAUAAAGUGGAAAAGGAAAAUGCUUCACUUAAACAAAGGAAAUCUGGAAACUUUUUUUUCCUUUUUAAAUUAUUCCACUCCACUCUUUUUUUCUUUCUUCCCUUUCUUGUGAUCACCAGGCCAGCAGAGGGGCUGUAACAACACUGCAGGUUGUAACCAGGUCACUAGUAUCACUGCCUAUGGAGUGCUGUCCAAGAUUACAUCACUCUCAGAAACCGUGUUUCAACCUACCACCCUCUGGCUUCAUAACAGGAACUCCCUCAGGUGAGCCACAGGAACAACUUCCUGUGCCGAGCGGGUCGGAAAUCUCUGAUGCGGAGACCAAGCUGAUCCAGAGCUUCCUUCCAGCACUGCCCUGGCUGUGACUUUUGAGAGAGGGCUCAUUGCUCAAGGGAAGACUCCCUUCCCUCGGCCACCUGACUCCAUCCCUGGGGCUCUCUAGCCCAACCACGAGAUAAUGUCGUUGCCCACGUUGAUCUGUCCCCUUGCAUUUGCCUGGUGAUAACUGUAAAGAAAAAUAUUUUCUAUGUUACUUUAAAAUGCUCUCUUGUUCAGGUUGUGCCCGUGUGCCGGUUGCAAGUAGAUGCAGGAUACAAUAGCACAGGAGCACAAGUUGGUUUCUGUGAGCAGCAGAAGGAAAACGCUGUUCUAGCAGAAACCAGAUGACCAGUCACUCUCACUGCAAACAUUUGGUUUAGUUAAUGACACAGAAGUAUUCCUUUUUCAAGUAUGUUAGUAGUGAGGAAAUCUAGAUCAUGGAGACUAGAAGGAAUGGGGCACUUGGUGAGAUGUCUUGCCAGAAAUGAGACUUUGAGAUUCUAUAGGUGUUUGUAACCUUACCACUGACUCAGAUAACGGUUUUGCUAAAGGAAGCACAGUCUGGAAUUAACUGCACAAAAAAAAUCCUGCUUCUAUCUUUUUUUUUUUUCCCCUUCCUUUACACAUGUAUUAUGUUGUAUUGAUGUUUACAUGUAUUCCUUUAAUAAACAAAACAUUUCAAGCCUAA